CUAUAUAUAUGCUCACGGAGUCCCACAAAGACCUCUCCCCGCUCUCUCUCUCUCUCUCCUUCUCUCUCUCUCUAGCUCUCUGUUUUUUCUUUGAAGGUGUUGUGUUAGUUUCCAUGGAGAUGGGGGAAGGUCUGACUAAAGAACAAAUGGAUCAGCUUAUAGAAGCUUUUCUUUUCUUUGACAAAAACAGAGAUGGUUGCAUCACCCUUGAUGAACUAAGAACCGAGAUCAGAAACUUGGGUCAAAAUCCAACAGAGGAAGAACUCAAGCAAAUGAUCAGUGAAGUAGAUGCAGAUGGGAAUGGAAAAAUUGAUUUUUGGGAAUUCCAAAAAUUGAUGUCCAAAAUCAUGGAGGAAGAAACAGAGGAGAAACUCAAAGAGGCCUUCAAGGUGUUUGAUAAAAACCAAGAUGGAUAUAUAUCAGCAAAUGAGUUGAGCCAUGUCUGUUUGAUGCUUAAUUUGGGGGAGAAGUUAACAGAUGAGGAAGUUCUGCAGAUGAUCAGAGACGCUGAUUUGGAUGGAGAUGGCCAGGUCGACUACCAUGAGUUUGUGAAUAUGAUGAUGACUCAGGAUGUGUCACAAAUCCUACCAAAAAGAGGCUUUUUUUAAUGAUAUGAUUAUACAACCAAAAAGAAACAAAACUAGAUUGAGUGAAUGACAAGAAAGAUAACCCUUGUUUGAUUUGUUCAUAUCUCCAUUAUUUUAUUGUAUUAUCAGUGUUUGACUUCAUGUCAAGUUGGAAGUCUAGAGGAAAUUAUGGUUUAAAUACAAAGAAAUGAUAUUGAUGUA